AUGACCUCAUGGAUCCUAGCUGAGCAGGCGGCUAUCGGUGUGCUUAUUCGUGUUCCAUUGGCGCACUUUGCGGAUAAGUACGAGUCGAAGCGUAGCUGGUUUCUUUGGGGUCUGGGCAUGUCUUUCGUUAGUAACUUCGCGACAGCAUUUGGUUCAUCCGUUCCUCUACUGUUUAUCAGUCGAUCUAUGCUGGCAUUAUCUAGCAGCAUUAUGUGGGUGGUGGGAAUCUCGACCGUGGCUAAUGUCGUCUCCGUCGAAAACACUGGCAAAGCCUAUGCAGCGGUAUCAGUCGCAGUCUCGUCGGGUUCGUCAUGUGGGCCCAUGAUAGCAGGAAUCUUGCUUGACACGACGGGCUAUUGGCCAACAUGGGCAAGUACCUUGGUACUGCUCUUCAUCGACACAACAUUUCGACUCCUGAUGGUGGAAAAGAAGUCUCCUGAGAAGACCGAUGCUACCGACGCUUCGCAUACUAAACAAGACUCGGUUUCGGAGAGAUCUCCCCUUCUCGCCACAGAGCCUCAACAAGUUCAGGAGGAAGUAGCAAAUGAGGUUGAACCAAACUUCUACUGGUGCGUCUUCAGGAAAAAGAACUUUGUUGCUGGUGUAUUCUGCGCUUUCAUGUUCGGCUUAAUGACGGCAACAUUCGCCGCCACUGUCCCAUUGCACACCCGCGACACAUUCCACUGGGGUGGCUCUCAAUCUGGUCUUGUCCUUGGUCUCCUUCAGGCUCCUCGCCUUGUCAUGUCUCCAUUCGUGGGUUGGCUCAAAGAUCGCGUCGGGACGCGGGCGCCAAGUGUAUUCGGCUUUCUUCUCAUGGCUCCAUUCAUUUGGGUUCUGGGUGUCCCCGGGAACGAUACCUUCGCUACAGUCGUCGGAGAUUCGGGGCCUUCUAUCUAUGUGUUUACGACUGCUUGCAUCGGAGUUCAACGGUCGUUUCUCAAUGGAUUAGGACCAAUUGAAGCCACAGUGGCUGUCAAUGAGUUGCAAACAGAGUACCCCGGCAAGUUUGGUCCCAAUGGGGGCAAAUCUCGCGCCCUUGCAAUUAGCGGCGUUGCUACCAUCCUGGGAUCAUGCGUGGGUCCAAUUUUUGGAGGUCUCCUUAACGAGCAAUUUGGAUACUAUGUUAUGAAUUGUGUUUUGGUCAGACUUCGGGGUGGGAGCGGGUGA